CAACACCGCGAAAUUCAUUGAUCUGCAAAAUUGAUUUAUCGAGACUAGUCUCCAUUAGAAAUAUUAAACUCAGUAAGAUUCUUUCACUUAAUUCGCCUGGUUCAUCCGCUAGUGACACUAAUGAUUCACAUACGACUAGCACAAAGCCAACAAACAAUUCAUCUCAAAAGACCUUAAGAACCAAUGACAAACAUUACCAACUAUCUCCAAUUAAUUCCAACGAAAGUGAUCCUGAUCUUAGUGAUUUAGAUCUCACUUAUCAUACAGGAAUGGUAGAUAUAGAUAGUCGACCGGCGCCAUCCUUGUUAUCUCGUCAAAGCAGACUUUCGUCGUCUUCAAGCUCUGGAACAUCAUCUGAAAAUAGCGCUGAUAGUUCAAUUUCACCAAUUCGUAAAACUAGAAAACGCCAACGUGAACCUGAAUCUUGGAAAUUCAAUACUGCAAAACGUUUAAGUAAUACUGGUCAAUCAUAUUUAUCGGUCAGAACUAAGAAAACAGUUGAUGCACGUAAGGUCAAACCACCAUGCAAUGAAAAAUGCCGUUUGAAGUGUUUUAGUAAAUUUACUGAACAAGAAAGGAAAACAUAUUUUGAUAAAUAUUGGGAUUUAAGAGAUAUAAAUAUACAGAGAGCAUAUAUUAAAAGUUGUAUGGUCGAAAUCAAGCCUAAGUAUAAAUACAGCAAGAAUGAGAAUCCUAGAAAGUCAAACUAUGCUUUUUAUCUGAACCGUAGUAACACAAAAGAAAGGGUUUGCAAAACUUUUUUCAUUAAUACAUUUGAUAUAACAGACAGAAUGAUACGUACGGUUAAAGAAAAAUGUGACGAACAUAACUUUCUAAGUGAAGACAAACGUGGAAAACAUGGAAACCAUAGAAAGAUCGAUUCUACUUUAGUACGCGACAUUAAGAGUUUCAUAGCUUCGAUUCCUCGGGUUGAGUCCCAUUAUACUAGAGCAACAUCAUCUUGUGAAUAUAUUUCUCCCGGCAGAACAUUGACCGAAAUUUAUCAGGAUUUCGUGGAGCUGCAACAAAAGAAUGGACGUUCGUCAGGCAAGUUUUGCAAUUUCUAUGACAUUUUUAAGGACACCGGUAUAAAAAUACACCAACCUAAAAAGGAUCUGUGCGACUUAUGUAGAGAUUAUAAAUUAACACCGAACAACGAGGACUUGAAACAAGAGUAUGACAGACAUAUAGAAGAGAAGGACUUAUCAAGGAAAGAAAAAAAGGAAGAUCGAUACGCUAUAAACGAAAACAAAAUUGUUGCGGUCUACGACCUGGAAGCUAUAUUACAGGUACCGCAAGGGAAAUCAAGUAGUUUCUAUUACAAAACAAAAAUGAACUGUUACAAUUUCACCAUUGCAGAAUUAGCCAAAAAGAAUCCUACUGAAGAGGAUAGCAACAAAGCAUACACGAAUGUAUACAGUUACUUUUGGGAUGAAACACAAGGCCAAAAAGGUUCCAUCGAAAUCGCAACGUGUGUUCUAAAUUUCUUACGGUUGGUAAACGAACGGAGCACAAGCAAGUCUGUGGACGUAAUUUUUUACUCUGACAAUACAUUUAGUCAGAACAAAAACAAAUAUAUUACAACGUUGUACAUGUAUGCGUUGACACAAUUUGAAAACAUCAACUCUAUACGUCACAAAUAUUUAAUCAAGGGUCAUACACAAAAUGAAAACGACAAUGCCCAUAGCUUAAUCGAAAAAGAAAUACAAAAGUAUUUCAAAGCAGACACAAUUUACACUCCGAUUCAAUAUAUUCCUCUGAUAAAAAGCGCUAAAAAAACUGGUAAGAAAUUUGAAGUACAGACUUUGACAUUUGAUGAUUUUGUAGAUGUUAAAGAUUUACAAAGUCAAUGGGGUUUGAAUUUCACCAAAGAUACAAACAGGAAUUCAAUUGUAUGGAAUGACGUUUAG